CCCAUACGAACGAACACACAGUAGCGAGCGAGGGGCUAGACGGAGUUUUGCCUUCCUACAGUCUUGCUCUUGCAGGGUUUUAGAAACGAAGCGGAGGCUAGGGUUUUACAGAACACAAGACCAAGAAAGAAGGGGGAGGAAGAGAAGAAGACUGAUUUCUUCUCGAGCAAAGAAGCUAUGGGUUUCUGGGGAAUUGAGGUGAAACCAGGAAAACCGCAUCCUUAUCACUCUGAUAAUGUGGAGGGAACGCUUUGUGUAACCCAGGCAACUCUCGGCCUUGGUAAAUCAACGGAUAGGAGCAUACUACAGUGUUCAGUUGGCCACAAGAGUCCGGUUUUCUUGUGUUCUUUGCUGCCGGAUAAGAAUGAGUCUUGCCCCUUAACACUAGAGUUCAAAGAUGAGUUAGUAGCUUUCUCGGUGGUGGGCAAACGGAGCAUUCACCUUUCUGGCUAUUUUGUGGCCGACGAAGGAGACUAUGUUCCUGAUGAGUACGAUCCUGAUUCUGGAGAGGACAUUGGGGAUACGGAGUCCGAUGAUGAAUCCAGUGAAUUUGAGUAUGGUGAUGAUGAAGAUGAUGAUGAAUUCAUCUAUGAUGGUGAUGACGAUCUAAAUACGUUACGCUCUUCUCCCAUUCUGAAUCGUGGAGUUGUUAUUGAGGAAAUAGACGAUGAUGAGGAACCAACAAAUGGAGUUGGAUUGUCUAAACUGAAAAAGAAGAAGAAUGGCCGUGGUGGUGUCUCUGUGCUAGAAAGUGAAGAUGAAGAUGGGUUUCCAGUUUCUGCCACAGAAGAGGGAGGAAAAGCCAUUAUUCAAUGUCAGCCUAAAGAAUCAAAGAAAAAUAAGAGAAAAGUGAAGGCAACUACUGAACCAGAGAGCCAACCUGAGAAGAAAAAAAAGAAGAAGCAGAAACAGAAAGGAAAUGAGGAAACUGUGGCUGAUAUGGUUGAGGAUGAUCAGAAAGUACUCUCUGGUGAUGAAACCCAGCCUGCAGAUGCAAAACAAGGAUCUCCUGUUACGAAUGAAGGUGAUAAAAGGGAAACUGAAGUCGUUGAAGGAAGUGUACCCAGCAAAGGUGCCACCAAGAAGAACAAGAAGAAAAAAAAGAAGAACAAGAAAGCAAGUGGUGAUGGGGAGAGCACAGUUGAGAAGGCUGUUUCAGGGGUGAAAUCAGAUGGAGCUUCUGAUGAGAAGCAAUCUGCUUCCAAGUCUUCGAAUGUUAGAACCUUCUCAAAUGGACUGGUCAUUGAGGAUGUAGCUAUGGGAAAACCAGAUGCUAAAAGAGCUUAUCCUGGAAGUCAGGUCAGUGUGCGCUAUACUGGCAAGCUGAAGGAGAAUGGCAAGGUUUUUGAUUCUAACGAGGGGAGGGCUCCAUUUAUCUUCCGGCUAGGCGUGGGUCAAGUCAUAAAAGGAUGGGAUGUCGGUGUUAAUGGCAUGCGAGCUGGGGACAAAAGAAGACUCACGAUUCCUCCGGCAAUGGGCUAUGGACAUGAAGGUGCUGGCAACAAGAUACCGCCGAAUUCGUGGCUGGUAUUCGAUGUGGAGUUGGUGAAUGUCCGUUGAUCAAAGAUCGACCUUGAUUUUGUUCGUGUUCUCUCAGAGGUUUUGAAAGCCAUCAAUUGGUCCGGUAAGGAUUCAGGGUGGCAGUCGAUGAGAGAGUUUCGCCAAGCUUCAGAGUUGGCAACAACUGUUUCUGAAGAGUAGAGACUGUAACUUGUUACAUAGAGAUCUCGAGAACAUGGUUUUUGGGUGGUGAGACUUUCCCCAAAUAUUUUGUAGUAUUCAAUUCCACCCCAUUGUAUCUCUGACUUCAUAGGUGGAGUGGACCGUCAUUUGUUGAACAUGAAACUUGAAUCUCUAUCCUAUUCUCCUUGGCUUGAUAUUUCAAUGUUGAGCCGAUUAAAAAACUAGAGAAAAGAAAAAGGUUUUUAAUUGGAGUAAAUUGCACGA